ACACUCCCUGAGUGAUUUUAUCUACAAACAAAUUUGAAUCUUGAUAUUUUUUGCUUCGCUGUCAUUUUGUGUUUAGUGGGUGAGGUGAACACAACACUUGAGAAGAACAAAACAAUGAAGUUCCAGAUUUUGUUAGCGAUCUGUGUGGUUGGCAGCCAAGCAGUGUCGUUUUCUAAGUUAGUAAAAGAGCAAUGGGCCACUUAUAAGCUGACCUACAACAAACAAUACCAAAGCGAAAUCGAAGAACGCUUUCGCAUGAAAAUUUUCAUGGAAAACUCCCACCAAAUAGCCCAACAUAACAAACUGUACGCCCAGGGCUUGGUCACGUACGAAAUGGGCAUCAACAAAUACUCCGACAUGCUGCACCAGGAGUUCAUCCAGAUCAUGAACAGUUUCAAUGUAACUGCAAUGAGAGGAAGCGAGAUGAAAGAUAGCGUCACGUUCAUCCCCCCAGCUAACGUUGAACUGCCCACUGACGUAGACUGGAGGACGAAGGGGGCGGUUACGGGAGUGAAAGACCAAGGACAGUGUGGAUCGUGCUGGGCUUUCAGCGCUACCGGCUCCUUGGAAGGCCAGACCUUCCGCAAAACCGGCAAACUGGUGUCCCUCAGCGAGCAGAACCUGGUGGACUGCUCCCAAAAAUACGGCAACAAGGGUUGCCACGGUGGUUUGAUGGACUAUGCUUUCCGCUACAUCGAAGCUAACGGGGGAAUCGACACCGAAGCGUCUUAUCCGUAUAAGGCCAAGGAUGGCAAGUGCCAAUACAACCCCAAGAAUAGGGGGGCUACUGAUCGCGGUUUCGUGGAUGUGCCACAUGGCAGCGAACAGGAUCUUCAGAGUGCUGUUGCUACCGUUGGGCCGAUUUCGGUCGCUAUAGAUGCCAGCAGACCAAGUUUCAUGCACUACAAGAGUGGGGUGUACUACGAGCCCAAAUGCAGCUCGAAGAUGCUAGACCACGGAGUCUUGGUUGUGGGGUAUGGGGCGGAUAAUGGUAAAAACUACUGGAUUGUCAAGAACUCGUGGGGGAAGACCUGGGGGACGCAAGGAUACAUCAAGAUGGCCCGCAAUCGUAAUAAUAAUUGCGGAAUUGCCACGGCUGCCAGUUAUCCUCUUGUUUAAGCCGCUUAAAGGGGUCGUAGUUCGAAUUCGAAAUAGAAGUCGAAUAUUAGGUUAGGUUGCUUAUGAUUUUUGCGAUUUUGAUAUUGCUUUUGAGCUAAAUGAACAAAUACAGUUUUUUACUAUAA